CGUCAUUUAAGAAUCAUGAUUAUUGCGAUGGCAACGAUCGUGAGGCUGAUUGGUUUCCGAAUUGGGUUAAUUAACCGAGUAGUGUCGACGUCACCAGCGCUUUCCAAGGCAUUGGGCAGCCAGCAGCUUCUUCCUCGACGCUAGGAUCAUCGUUUCAUUGCAACUGUCCAAGACGAGAGUCAAGAAGAAGAAAAAAAAAAAAUAUCUAUCCUUGGGUCUGUUCCCUCUAGUUCCUCAUUAUAUCCACCUCUUAUCCCUGUGUCGAUCCGCUUGCAGCUUCUCUUCCGUCGCAUCCCGUCCGUUCUUUGGAUCACCCCCUCUUUUGGUUCACGUCAUUCCUGCGCAAAGCGAAUCUCUUGAAAGAAACCAGCACCGCCCGAUUUUUGCUUCGAGUCUGAUUUAUCCUACCUUUCCCUCCUUUUCGCCUCCCUUCGUGUUCGCCCGUUCUCCCCGUUCGUUGUCUCAGGAUACCCGUCAACAAAGGACUCACAAUGCAUCGCACCUACUCUAUGCGCACGUCGCGCCUGCCGACCGCUUCGCAGGUCGAGAACCCACCGCCUCCAUUGUCGAGCACCAAGACAAACAGAUGGUUAGGAAAGGGCGGCUUCGGCCACGCCUUUCGCAAGAAUGCCGCCGGAGCCUUCGGUCCGGAUCUCGCCAGAAAGUUGUCUCAGCUCGUGAAGAUGGAAAAGAACGUCAUGCGCAGCAUGGAGAUGGUAGCAAGAGAGCGAAUGGAAACUGCUCAACAACUUUCCAUCUGGGGUGAGAACUGCGACGAAGAUGUUUCGGAUGUUACCGAUAAGCUCGGUGUCCUGCUCUACGAAAUUGGAGAGCUGGAAGACAUGUACGUUGAUCGCUACGACCAGUACCGUGUCACCAUCAAGAGCAUUCGCAACAUUGAGGCGUCUGUGCAGCCCAGCCGGGACCGCAAGCAGAAGAUCACCGAUGAAAUCGCCAAGCUCAAGUACAAGGACCCCAACUCUCCUCGCAUCGUUGUUUUGGAGCAGGAGCUGGUUCGCGCCGAAGCCGAGUCCCUCGUGGCAGAGGCUCAAUUGUCGAAUAUCACCCGAGAGAAGCUGAAGUCGGCCUUCCAGUACCAGUUCGAUGCUCUCCGUGAGCACUCUGAGAAGGUGGCCGUCAUCGCCGGCUACGGAAAGCAUCUCUUGGAUCUCAUCGACGACAAUCCCGUCACUCCGGGUGAGACCCGUCAUGCCUAUGACGGAUACGACGCCAGCAAGGCCAUCAUCCAGGACUGCGAAGAGGCCCUGACCAACUGGGUCUCAUCCAAGGCAGUUGUCAAGUCCAGCCUUUCCACCCGAUCGCGCACCCUUUCCCAGCGUCACCGCGACAAUGUGGCCAAGCGGACUGAAGGCGUCGACCUGUCUGAGCAAGACCAGCCCUUGCAAGGCGACCGCGACUCGUGGGUCCCUGCAGACCAACACCCAAGCUAUGAGGAUGGCGAUGGAGCCAGCACCAUUGACGUAGAGACUCGGGGUCGGGAAGAAGAAAGAGAGCCCGUCGGUGCUUGAUUUUGUGGCCGAUGACAAAGAAAAAUACAAGAGUAUCGGCUUGUGGUUUCAUAUUACAAGUGAACCAUGGAACCGUCUGCUCUUGGUGAUUUUUUCCCUUAUAAAGUAACGCUCUAUAUUCGCUUGCACUUUCUCUUUAUAUUUUUGUUAUCACCCGAUGAGAUUUACUAUACUACUUAAUACAGCUCCCGCAAGGCCCUCCUUACCCACUCGAUCUCUCCUGAUCACCUUGACCAUCUCACGAUGCCAUGACUCCUUUCAAGAAAACGAGAAAAAAAAAA